AUGGCCUCAACAACUUUGUUAGCUCUGACUGCUAUCUGGUUCCACUUGUCAGAUGCUAACUGUCCCCCAGGAUGCCUGUGCACCUCGGACAUUGUAAACUGUGGAUCUGUGGGUAUGGAGAAAUUUCCCUCUGUAUUACCUUCCAUCACUUCCAUCCUGGACCUCAGUCAUAAUCGGCUCACAUGGCUGGCACCAGGAACCUUGCAUGGACUUACCGGGCUGAAGGUUUUGUGCAUCUCGCAUAACCAAAUCUCUCUGCUCAGCCCUACAGCCUUUCACAACACCAGUACGGUACUCCACCUUGAUCUCUCGUCCAACAGACUGCAGAUAUUGGGAAAACACCCUUUUCAAGACCUGCUGGGAUUGGAAGAACUACUACUCUAUAACAACCGCAUCACCCACGUGGAGAGCAAUGCUCUCAUGGGACUGAGCAACCUAAAGAAGCUUUACCUAAGCCUCAAUCAGAUUACUGACUUUCCCUUUUUCUUGUUCCGCAAGCACAGCCAUCCUAAGCUGGUCACUCUGGAUCUCUCUUCUAACCGUAUUUCACAAUUGCCUCUGGAUGAUAUUGUUCUGUUGCCUGUGACUGUACAGAGAGGCUUGUUCAUUUAUAAUAACAGCUUAAUAUGUGAUUGUUCAACAUAUCGCAUGUUUUGGCAUUGGGAGAAGGAGGGUUAUGAAGCUAUCAGACAUUUUAAGGACGAAUAUUCAUGCCGGAUGUUAGGGGAACCACUUAUCUCCAUCAAAUUCCUCUACAGCCCUCACUUCUUUGAUAACUGUACUAUUGAGAAGAUGAUUUCAUUGAUCUCCCCCAAGGCUGACAUGAUAGUCUACGAGGGGGAACAGGUCAGACUAGAUUGUACUGGCACACUCAGUAAUGUGGUUCUCUCUUACUCUUGGAUUAUACCUCAUCAAGAAAACAUGACUUAUUUGAUUAAAAAUGGUACCCUGCGGCUAAACAAAGAUGGCAGUCUGGAGAUCUUAUCCGUCCAGUCAAGGGACUCAGGAAUCUACCGCUGCCUUGCUGUGGACACAGUCAGGAUGAAUAACGAAACCCGUGAGGUGAACCUAACUGUAGAUUUUCACCUUUUGCAAACUGAACCUUUCAGCACAGGAUACACCACUCUGCUGAGCUGCGCCAUCACUCUCUUUCUCAUACUCGGGUAUCUUUAUUUAACCCCUUGUCGCUGUGGCUGGUGCAAAGCCCCACCAACCUCACCAACAACCCUUAGCUUUGGCGAGGACCUCCAGUCUCUGUCAUUCAUGUUUAAGGUUUCACCAGCUGUGAGCCUCAAUCUAAUAGAUAAGUCUGACCCUGACAAGCAUUUGGUCUUCCUUGAGCCACUUGUGGAGGAAACAAAUGGGAACCUUACAGCAGAUUUUAAACCUGACUAAAAGAAUUUGGGGAUCCGGUGUAGGACACAGCUACUGUACAGGCACAGGAAUUUUGCAGGUUUUGCGUACAGUAUAUUUUGGAAAAUGUCCGAUUAAUCUUAGGUAUGCAAAUCAUGAUGAAAAAAAUGGUUUCAGUUUUUAGGCUGUAUUUACAAAAACAGUUCACCUUGAUGAAUCAGCUCUAAUUUUUUUUAUUAUUAUGUCUAUGAAUGUGAAAAAGGACAAAUUAGAUAUUAUUACUUUGUACUGCUUCUCUAGCUCCAAAACACCUUUCCUGGUAUGAAUUUUCAUUACAAACAUCCAUCUUGCUAUGAAAGUGUCAAACUGUGUGAAGCAGUGGGAGAUAUAUUGAUGAAGGUUUUAAUGAAAUAAUCUUUGAGUGGCAGUGUAGGAGUGAAUUUAUACCACCAGGGAUAAUCCUCUCAAUUGCAUGCUUUGAAAAUUGUAUAGGAUCGCACCAGCAUGGGCCCUUGCCUCUAGCACUGCAGUUAAAUUGGGGCCUGGCGUGGGAUGAAGUUGCUCAUGCUUAUAUCUUGUCAUUUAAUGGUAAAUUCAAUAAGAAUGUUAGGGUAAAAUUAUUUUUUCAAAUUCGCAUUCAAAUUACUCUAGUAACCUUUUUCCUUCAUCCUACCUCAAUUGUCAGAUGAUUUAACCUAUUCAUAUGACAUUUAAGACCUUGGGGAUCUUUAAAAAAGGAUUUUCCCCCCAUAAACUGGAUGUGAAAGAUUAGCAGAUGCACAAGCUGAUCAUGUGCAAAACUAUAGCCAGCUGCCGUUUUAUAAUGUGAAUAUGCUAUAGCACGAGAUUAAAAUAUUUCUGUUCCUCCUACACCACAGUGACAAAACGCAUGA